UUUAAAUAAAUUUUACUUUGUUUAUUUCGGUUGGACGUCGUGCAAAAUAAUUACCAUAAGAAUUGCAAUUCGUUAAUCAAAAAUUCUAGUAUCAUAAAAUUUUAAUUUUUUUUCACUAUUAUAUUACAGUAGGUACCGCAGUGCAGCUUUACAACAUCUCUGAUUUGAUCAAAACUCAAUUAACAUUUUAGUGAUCUUGUUCUUCACUUAGUGAUUUUGCUCUUCUGUGUGAUCAUCGUAUUUUCAUUAAAUUUAAUUUGGAAAAUAUUGCAGAAGUAAAGAAAAUAAAAAAUUAUAAAUUAUAAUAAAAAAAAUAUACAAAAAAAAGUGAAAUAAAAAAUUAGAAAACAGUGGAGGAAAUUAAAAAAAUUAAGUGAGUAAAUUAGAAUUCGUUUCGGAUACUAAAAAUAAAUAAAAUUAUUUUUUUUAUUACAAAAUUGAAGAGAAAAAUAUUUUUUAAUUAAAUUGGAUACACAAAAACAAUUUUCCAUAUUAUAGAUUUUAUCGAAUUUCGAAUUGAAAAACAACAACUGUAACAACAAUAUUUUCAGUAUUAUCUAAAAGGACAACAAAAUCACUCAUUAGAGAUCUUUGUACAUUUUUUGUGAAAAAAAAAAAAACAAAAAAAAAUAAUCACCUUAUUUGAUAAAAAAAAAACAUAUAAAAAAUAUUUUUUUGUAAAAGGAAAUUGAAUUUCACAUUUUUAUGACAGUAAAAAAAUUUCGGCUGUAAAUUUUUGCGAAAAAAAAAAAUAUUUAAAAACAAAUCGACAUACAUACAUACAUUUAUAAUUUUUUAUACAUAAUCAAGUUCAUAUGCAAUAAUUUUGGGUGAAAAAGAUGGCCCGUUAUGAUCAUCAACGGUCGGCUGUAAAUUUUCAAUUAAUUUUCCUUGGAUUAUUAUGCUUUAGUAAUUUAGUUUGGGAUAUUGAAGCUCGAAAAUUAAGUGAUGAUCUUACAGCUUGUCAACAUCUUCGACGAUCGGAAACUCGUCGAUCAAAAGCUUUAGCUAGUGUGUCACCACAGAAACGUGUACGGAUACCGAGAUGUACAAAAUCAGGUGGAUUUGAACCAAUACAAUGUCAAGAAGAUUUUAAUGGCACAUCUUGCUGGUGUGUUGAUGAAUAUGGAGUUGAAAUACCAGAAACACGAAAUAAUACACGUGAUACUGUUAAAUGUUCUGAACCAGAUCAUUGUGCAGCAAGCAGCUGUCGAAUGUUCUGUUCAUCUGGUUUUGCUAGAGACGCGCGUAGUGGUUGUUCUAUUUGUAAAUGUCGUGAUCCUUGUGAUGGUAUUGAAUGUCCAAAUGGACAAACAUGUCAGCAACAAGAAGUUAAAUGUAAAACAGAACCGUGUCCACCUAUCCCAACAUGUAAAAAAGGUAGAUCUUUAGCAAAUGCAUGUCCGGCUGGUUUACCGUUAUCAAUAGACGAUAGUAUAAGACCAUUUUUAUGUGGAAUAGAGCCUGGUAAACCACAAUGUCCCCCAUUAUAUCAAUGUUUGGUAGAAUCAGGAAAUGAUUAUGGUGUUUGUUGUCCAAGUACACUGAAAUUUCAAAAACCAGGAGUUUGUCCUAAUCCAGAAGAUUAUCUUUAUUCAGAAAGAACAGGAUACAUGUGUGGAACACCAUGCUCACAUGACUUAGAAUGUAAACAUAUGGAAAAAUGUUGUUUCACCAAGGGUUGUCAAAAUAACUGCCAACAGCCUUUUAAUAUAACAACAUGCCAUCAAGCAAGAGCAUUAUCGGAUAUAUUAGCUGUAAAUGAACGUGAAGGUCGUGGAUAUGUUCCUGAAUGCAAUGGACCUGGUGGCAUGUUUUCACCAAAACAAUGUUCAAGAAAUGGUUUGGUUUGUUGGUGCGUUGAUCCAAGGACAGGGCAAAAAAUCAAAGAUUCUAUGGGUGCUGCGGAUAAUGUUAACUGUGAUGGCUGGGAAAAUAUGAUUGCUAGAUCUGUAGGUCGGAGUAUGAGUAUGGAACAAUGUGAUACUAACAUAUGUGCUGCUAUUUGUGAAUAUGGUUUUAAAAAUGAUCACAAUGGAUGUCCAACUUGUGAAUGCUCAGAACCUUGUGAAGGCUUCAGAUGCCCAAUGGGCUCCCAUUGUGAAGUUGCUACCGAUCCUUUAUGUGAAUCAGGUUCCGCUUUGUGUUCUUCAUGGCCUAUUUGUAAACCAGAUCUUAUUUAUUCAAAUCCGUGCGAUAUUGGAACUCCAUUAUCGGAUAAUAUUACAGGAGAAUUGUUUUAUUGCAUAAAUGAAGAAAGACAGUCCCGUGCAUAUCAACCAGUUUCAUUCUUUGAUGAAGACCCAAAACUGGCUAGAUCAAUGUCUAAUCGCAUUAUUUGCCCAGAAAAUCAUAAAUGUACAAAACUACAUGGUGAAUCUGGAAAUGUAUGUUGUCCUGUUCCGGAAGAAAUAUUCCCUGAGUAUUCUCAAGAGAGACAGCAAUCUAUGUGUGAAUAUCUAAGAGACUUCUCAGAUCGUAUGGAAGGCACGGAAGAAGGAAUGCAAUUGGCUAUACCUCCACCAAGAUGUGCAGAAGAUGGCGCAUAUUCACCUCGUCAGUGCACUUAUAAGAAUAUUAAAGUAACGCGGAAAGAACAAAAACAAAUUCUGGAGGAAAAUACAAUUCGCAAAAUGAAAAUGCUUUUGCAUACCAGAUCAAAACGUCAAACAGAAAGUUUAAAACUUUAUAGAGUAGAUGACGGCACGCUUAAUAUUCGUGUUGCAGCUCCUGUUAUGGGAAGAAGUGCUAAGGUUAUAUCCUCAAUGGGUUCUUCAAAAUAUCAAGAUCUGUCAGGACUAUUUGAAACUGAUGUUAAAAAGGUAGCUCCAGCUCCGAAGCGACCUCUAGGAGAUGAUGAAUUGGUUGAUAUGGAAGUAGAAGAAUGUUGGUGUGUUGAUGGAUUUGGAACAGAAAUACCUGAAUCAAGAGGAUUUAAUGUUACUGAUGACUCCUGCGUUCAAUUAAGGGAGUCAAUUGAUUGCUUAGAUCUUACGUGCAGAAUGGGUUGUGAAUAUGGUUUCAUUUUAAGUCCUGAAACAAAGUGUCCAGCCUGCCAAUGCCGAGACCCUUGUGAGGGUGUAAACUGUAGCAAUGGCAAAGAAUGUCGAACAGUAGAAGUUUCUUGCGAAGAAGAAUAUUGCCCCCCUGUUCCUGCUUGUUUGCCCAGGAAAGCAGGCCAAUGUCCAUUUUUAGUUCCACCCAGUCCAGAUAAUGCGAAUACAUGCGAUUAUGAAUGUCGAACAGAUUCACACUGCGAAGGAACCAAAAGAUGUUGCUCAAACGGUUGUGGCACUCAAUGCGUUGAGCCACAAAUGAAAACUGCAUGCCAACAUUUGCAAACUAUUCAAAUGCAUCAAUCUUCAGAAUUAGGUAUUCCUGCAAAACAAAUGUAUAUUGCACAAUGUGACCCACUAUCAGGCAAAUGGAAUGAAAUUCAGUGCGGUCCAGAAAAUCUAUGUUGGUGUGUAAAUGAACGAGGAGAAGAAUUGAGUGGCACUAGAAUCAAAGGAAAAACUCCUACAUGUGAAAUAAAUUCUGCUUUGGAAUGUCCAUUACAAAAAUGUGCGCCUUGUGAGAAUGGUUUCAAAACUGAUAGAAAUGGCUGCCAAACAUGUGAAUGUAGAAAUUUUUGUGACGAAAUUUCAUGUUCAAGAGAUGAAGAAUGUCAAUUAAUCAACGUAGAAUGCAUAGAUUUACCUUGUCCAAAAAUGCCUAUUUGUGUUCCUAAACGAGAAUCUGUUUGCCCAGAAGGCGUUCCUUUAAAGCAAGGCGAAUUGGAAGUAGGGUGUGGACCGCAAAAUGAAAACGAAGCCUGCCCAACAACACAUACAUGUCAAUUAAAUCCAGUUACCAAUAGGGGAGUAUGUUGUGCAAAAACAAGAGAUGUUUGUUUUGAAUCAAUGGAUCAAAACUGUGUAGCUAAAAUUAACUCGUUCCAUAAUACAACAAAGUGGCGUUUUAGUCCCAAAGCAAAUAAAUGUGUGCCAGUUGUUGUUUCUGAAGAAGAGAAUUCAUGUCAAAAUAAGAAUCUUUUCCACAACGAAUUAGCUUGCAACUCAGUUUGUCCUGUACUCACACAAUGUGAACGAGUCAAACUAAAAAAUAGUUUAGUUGCAAGACGUGCCGAUCAAACAUCUGUAUGGUUUCAACCCAGAUGUGAUCCAAUAACAGGACAUUGGAGUCCAAUUCAAUGUUUGGGAAAACAACCAUCUUCCCUUAAAGAAUCUACAGAAAUCUCAGAAAACCAGCUUCAGCGCUUGAGUCGUGCAUUUUCUGUUUCAUCUGAUCCAGUAUCCAAUUCCCAGUAUGGAGUUUGUUGGUGUUCAGAUAAAAAAGGUGCACCUCUAAAAGGUACUUUAACCAGAAAUCUUGAGCCCGUGUGUAAUCACCGUCAAGCAAGAAGGCGAAUGCAUGCAAAUGAUGGCCCUAAUGAUCCUCUUAUGGAAGAAUUAAUAAAACAAAUGACAAUGAUGGUUGACAUAGAAGAUAAUGAUUUAGACACUUUAGAAUCAGCCGAUAUCCCAGAUGAGGAAAUUGCAAUCACUGAAAAAAUUUACGAAUUAGGAAAUUCAAUAAUAAGUUCUAAACUUUUUAUAGACAGUACAAAAAAUUUAAUGAAAACAACUACAAGAUGUAUGGCUCUUAAAAUGACAGCUUCUUUUCCGGUGAAUUGCGACGAAAGUGGAGCAUUUGUUCCAACACAAUGCGUCGAUGGGCAAUGUUGGUGCGUCGAUGCAGCAGGAAAUCAAUUACCGUCAUCAGGCACAUUCCCCAUAGGAACGAAAGAAUGUAAACCAACUUCAAUAGACGUUGUAUCUGUCGAAUUAAACUUACAAAAUGAAGAAGGUAGACAUAUUGCAAAUAUUUAUGAUAUUGUGCAAACGGAACUUCAUCAAUUAAUUGGAGAUUCAUUAGAAAAUCUUCGCGUUCAUGAUAAUAUGGAUGGUAAUGUUAUUGUACGAUUCGAAUUACAUCGUGAUGAUAAAAUUGAUAAAGCUUUUGCUAUUGAAGAAAAUAUACGACAAGGGAAUUUGAUAUUAGGUUAUGGUCAUUUAAAACCUGAUAUAACAAUGUCACGUUUCAUUCAUAGACAACAAAAAUUAAAAAAUGAUUAUGAUGAUAAUCAAGAAUUGAAUUUAAAUCAAGAAGAAAAACAAUAUAAAUAUCCUCAACAGCAACAAAAUGCACAGAAACCACAUAUACCAAUUGCUUUGGCAACAUCUGCAACCAAUAACAACACAUUACAUACAGCUGUCUUUAUAUUAGCAACAUCAUCAGCAUUUUUAGUUAGUAUAUUUGUAGUUUAUGUUAUGUUAAAACGUGGUAAAAGGAAAACUGUUAUUCAUUAUCCUGAAAAUAGAAUAUUAGGAAAUAAUGCAGAUAAAUUUGUUGAUUUUAGUUCUCCUAUAUUUGUUUUAAGUGCUAAUGAUAUUGAACCAUCAAAAUUAGAUAAGCAAACGGAAAUAGAAAAUAUUAAAAAUUAAAUAUUUAACACAAAUGUUUAUUUGUAUAUUUAAAAAGAGAAAAUUUGUAUUUAUAUAAUUGUAUUUUGAUUGUACAGCACAAAAACAACUUUAACACAUAGAUUUUACAAUUUAAAUAAGAUGUGCACGUAUGUGUUAGUUUUUUUUUUCAAAUAAGUACAUGAUUAUUUGAAUUAUAACUUACAGGAUUAGGAUGUAAAAAUGUAACACGACAAUGGAUAUUUAAAACAAUAUAAGAAUAAAAAUACGUGAAUAAUAAAUUUAAGUUUUUGAAAUAUUUCACAAGAAAUAUUUUGAAAUACAUUUUAUAAAUAUUAAAAAGAACGAAACGAGUUACUUACUAGAUUAUUUUGUAAAUUUUACUAUUAUACUGGAUGUUUCAAAUUAUUUCUUGUGGAUUUUAAUAAAAAAACACAUACAAUAUAUACAUAUAGAAAUAUUAUGAUAUUUUAUAAAUAUAUUUAUGUAUUUUAUUUAAGUUUUUGUUUGUAAAUAUAUUUACUUUUAUUAUAAUUAUCUACUUACUAUAUAUUUAAU